GUGGCAGCAGCAGUGACUGGUGAAAGAGGAGGAUAGGAGAGGAGGAGAGGAAGAAAAAGAAAAGAGGAGGAAAGGAGGGAUAAAAGCCAUCACCAUUCUGUUUGGAUUCAGACCAGACAUGUGAGAAGAUGUCUGUGGGCGGCUGCGCGUGUCCCGGCUGUUCCUCCAAGUCGUUCAAGCUGUACUCCCCCAAGGAGCCCCCCAACGGUAGCGCCUUUCCCCCUUUCCACCCUGGUACCAUGCUGGACAGAGACGUGGGUCCCACACCGAUGUACCCUCCCACAUAUUUGGAGCCAGGAAUAGGGAGACACACACCAUAUGGAAACCAGACAGAUUACAGAAUAUUUGAGCUCAACAAACGACUACAGAACUGGACAGAGGAAUGUGAUAACCUAUGGUGGGACGCAUUUACUACAGAGUUCUUUGAGGAUGAUGCCAUGUUGACCAUAACUUUCUGUUUGGAGGAUGGACCCAAACGCUACACAAUUGGCCGGACAUUAAUUCCGAGGUACUUCCGGUCUAUAUUUGAGGGGGGUGCCACUGAGUUGUACUAUGUGUUGAAACACCCAAAGGAGUCCUUCCAUAACAACUUUGUCUCCCUCGACUGUGAUCAGUGCACCAUGGUCACCCAGAAUGGGAAACCCAUGUUCACACAGGUUUGUGUUGAGGGCCGCUUAUACCUGGAGUUCAUGUUUGAUGACAUGAUGAGGAUAAAGACGUGGCACUUCAGCAUCAGACAACACCGUGAGCUCAUCCCCCGCAGUAUACUGGCCAUGCAUGCCCAGGACCCACAGAUGUUGGACCAGCUUUCCAAGAACAUCACGAGAUGUGGCCUGUCCAACUCUACCCUCAACUACCUCCGUCUGUGUGUGAUUCUGGAGCCCAUGCAGGAACUGAUGUCCAGACACAAGACUUACAGCCUGAGUCCCAGAGACUGCCUCAAGACCUGCCUCUUUCAGAAAUGGCAGAGGAUGGUGGCACCACCAGCUGAGCCGGCAAGACAGGCCCCAAACAAGCGACGGAAGCGCAAAAUGUCAGGCGGCAGCACCAUUAGCGGAGGAGGAGGAACCAACAACAACAGCAACAGCAAGAAGAAGAGCCCCGCAAGUGGCUUCCCUCUGUCCAGCCAAGUUCCAGAUGUGAUGGUGGUGGGAGAGCCCACGCUGAUGGGAGGGGAGUUUGGUGACGAGGACGAGCGUCUGAUCACACGGCUGGAGAAUACGCAAUUUGAUGCAGCCAACGGCAUCGAUGACGAGGACAGCUUCAAUAACUCACCAGCGCUCGGCGCCAACUCUCCCUGGAACAACAAGGCCCCCUCCAGCCAGGAGAGCAAGAGCGAGAAUCCCACCUCACAGGCGUCGCAGUAGAGUGCAGAACCCCGCGACUGUAACACCCCGACCUUACCCAGACAUCGCUUCAGAGCCCAAAUUAGUCAAACCACUCAGAUGCGGGUGGCGCGAUGGAGCUCAGAGUGCCAGAGGCUCAGUACAUCUUCUCCUGAAAUCGUUGCUGCUGAGCUCGGUAGAAAUUUCUUCACGUUAAAAGUUUCACAGUUUAAGUGGCUUCCUAAUGCUCUGACUCUGUGUCCCUCUUCCUCAUCCCAUAAGAGAAUGUUCUUUCUUUUCUCAAUUAUUUUCACAAUUUGGAGAGUGACAAAUUUUAAGGAUAUCUGACAUAGGAGAGAUUUUUUGCAGGGGAAGAUUGCAUAGGAGAAAGUGUGUCCAUAGUUAUGUAUGCAUGGAAGAAGAGGUGGGCGUAAGGGGAUGGUGGUAAUGGGGUUUUGAGAUCAUGGCAAGAUGCUUAGGAACAACUUGCCAAGCUAUUCUAUUAAUAUGGAUCUCAAUUCUGGUCUGCUCUGCCAAUGUGUAAGUUACACUUAUUCAUUGUGGCUAUCGACAGAGAGCGUGCGUGCGUGUGUGUGUGUGUAUGUGUAUAUAUAGUUUGGUGAGUCAAAACCGUCAUUCUGAACAUAGACUGUUGCGUUGCCAUUGCAGGUGGACCAGAGUUCAGAAUCAGUCUGUUUUAAGAAACCAUUGAAAUUCACACACCAGUGGAAGAGCUCAACUGUGGCACUAGAGAUAUAUCUUACUCAUGCACUUGUGCAUACACACACAUACAUACAUGCAUAUAUACUCCACAUAAAGAUUGAAGGAUUUAGAGCCUCCUAGUGCCCAUGCCCUCUCUGAUGAGAGUGCAGCAGUUACACCCCUCUGAACGGAGAGCAUUUAAAACCCAAACACACACACACACACAAAGUUACACAUUCUAAGAGUUUUUAUACCAGUAUCUAUUUCCCUAGAAUGUUUUUUUAAUUUGUAUUAAAUUCCUUUGUUUCAAUUGUUGAUUUUCUUUUUAUUUUCUACCAAUAUUGAAAAGCUACAGACCAAGGAACAACAUAGGACUUUUAAACUCCCUCCCGAAAAUAUAUUGUUUUUAUCUUUUAUGUUUAUAAAAGAGAAAUAAUUUAGUGUGGAUGUUUUUAAUUUGUCUUCUUUUUGUUGUUCCCUUUUGGAGAUUUGACUUUUGUGUCUUUGUGCUUGUAUAUUUAAGGUAGUAGCAAAGUUCUGUCUGACUGUAAUAAAAUGUAUUCUUACUUAGAUUUACCUAAAGCCAUCCCGAUCUAAUGUAAAGAAAAACAAAAAAGGAGAAAAAACUCAUGAACCUUACCCCCACCCCUACAGCCCCCCAUCUUUUUUAAAACUUGUGUAAAUUAAAUUACAAAACCACGAGGGUACAGAGUCACCAUUGAGAGGUAAUUUUGGAAUGUUUCAACUUGAUCUGUUGAUUUUUAUUUAUUUUUCAAAUUUCAAGGACGUUUACUUGCUUGUAUAUUGUGUCAUGCACAUAGAAUAUUUUUCAGUUUCACAGUUGUCAAGAUUUGUCGAGCUGGGGGUUCUUAACUUAAUGUGAAGUGAAUUGAUUUACUAACCAAUGAAUUUUACAAGUGUUUUGUCAGUGGCAAAGGUUUUCAAAAUUUUGCCUAAUUUUUACUAAUUUAUGUGGUGCCCACAGGUCUCGGAAAAUCUGAAUAAAACCAACUAUGUAUCCAUCUCAUUUGGCCCAUGGCUGGUAGUGGUGAGAAGACUCGUGUUAUUAUUAUUAUUAUUUUUUUAUAUUGCUGUUUUAUGGCAGUUAUUUCCAGCAGCAAGUUUCAACUGAAUUUUAAUUUUAAUGGUGACUUGUACCCUUUGAAAACCCUGUAGAAAAAUCAUUGUUUUAUAUAUAUUUUUUGAUUUGGUUAGUUUUUGCCCUUGAUAAUUAAUGUAUGGUACCAAUAAAAGAUACAUUUUCACUUUAAAACA